AUGUCAAGUACAAGAAUGAGAGAUGUUACUGAUCAUGGAAUACGGAAGCCAAGAUCCGGCAGGGGAGGAAUAUCACGAUUAGACCACGGGGCCUCCCAGGUCGUCAUCCAGAGAAAUCCCCGUGACAGGAGAACGAAUAAGAACGCAACUAUCUUAAAGACUGACAAGAGUAACAAGAAGAACAGGAGUAAUACGACUUUAACUCGCAUUGCAACGUGGAACAUCAAGACCCUCUAUAAAACUGGAAAGCUAACAACCGUUGCUAUUGAGAUGCGCAGAAUGGGCAUAGAAGUCCUUGGUCUCAGCGAAGUUAGAUGGCCAAAUGCUGGAGAAUGUAAUAGCGAUAAUGUGGUACUGUACUAUUCUGGAUGUCAGAACGGCGAACACCAACAUGGAGUGGGUAUUAUGAUAAAAAAAGAACUCAAACAAUAUGUUGCUAAUUUCGUGCCCUAUAAUGAAAAAGAAUGA